AUGGUAGGCGUGCUCCGUGCCAUAGACGAAGAGCACGAUGCAGAAUCCCUUGAGCCCGAUGGCGGUAGCUGUGAAGGCGACUGUGCUGCCCAUGUCGUGCAGCGUGGUGGCGGCCUCGGCAAUCCGUGUCAUGAGAUGUGUGAUGCACUUGCCCCAUGGCGAGUACCCGAAGCAGCAGCUCUGCAUGGUCCUCCAAGGCUCGCGUUGUCGUUGUCGUUGUCGUUGUCGAGCGCCAGCACCAUCGACUGCGCCCGGCGCACCGCCUCCCCAGCGCCCCCGCCGUCGGCACCCUCCACGUCCAGCCCGCUCCACCGCAUCCAUCCUCUGGGCCUCAAAACCACCUCAAAUCCAUCCACAUCCACCACGGCUUGA